AUGGCCGAGGAACGAGUGCAUUCAGAUUCUAGCAACCUUGCUUUUGACUUAUCCGCCUCCGCCGCAGGUGAAGGGGAUGUCGCUCCACUUGACCCAUUAACCAUUUUUAAUCUCCUAGAGAAAGUGGCAGGGAUUGUUGAUAGUGUUAAUGAGACUCAGCGGAAAAUGGAGUUACAGCAACUGGAAAUUGAAAACACCGUUAAAGAGAUACAACUCGAUGUGGCAAAACUCAAUAAGGCUCAUUUGACCACAGAUAACACAGUAGCAAAGUUGCUGGAGAAAACACAAAAAAUCAACGCGAAUGUGAAAGAUGUGAGACAACGACUAGAUAAAACCAAUGCUCAGGUCAAAAAGGUUGAAGGUAAUCACCGUGAGCUGCUCAAAAGGAAUAAAUUCCGUGUCAUCAUAUUCCAGGAAGAAAAUGAAUUGCCUUCCUCCACAACAUAUAAAAAACUUCCUAAUGAAGGGGGUGCAACUGCAACUGAAGAGCACACUUCAACAGCAGCCACACCACCACCAGACCUGUCCUCUGACGAGGAGUUUGUUUACCAUGAAGAAACCGCAGCCGCACGCCUCAAGAAAUCAGGCAUGAAACGAGUGGAUGAUAUCAAGAAGGUUUUCUCAAGAGAGAAUAUGCAAAAAACCAAACAAAACUUAGGGAAGCGGAUGAACCGGCUGAGUGCAACUAUAGUCCCCCCAGACCAGAGAGAGAAGAUAAGGAUUUCUGGAGAGAGAAUCAAAAAAUCCAUUGUUGAUUCAAAACCUUUCCAUAUAAAUAUAAGAAAGAAAAAUGAAAGAAGUGGAGCAGAAGGGCAAGAGGUUGCUGUCAAAAAUGUGGGAGAAAGUUCAAAAGGCGAGAUGACAGGUAAAGAAGCAGCAGCAGAUGUUAAUGCAGCAGCACCUCCUGAGGUUAAUGGAGAUGGUCUCGCAAGCAUGGGUCCACAUGUCACCAACACAGAAACAGUCGUCGUAACAAUGGAAGCAAAAGGCGAAGAAGUUGUGCCUGCAGUGGCAGAGGGGAAGCGGAGUCCUGAGUUCAGUUAAGCACUGACUUAAAGCUGCGCUACUUAAUAGUGGUAGAAAUUGCCGCACUUGUGAUGGUAAUACAUCCAGGAAAUUAUCAUAUACUUCCAUUCAGUCUUUGCUGGUUCCACUACUUAGAUUCCUUAAUUAAAUUUUUCGAUGAAGCAUCACUGUCAAGCACAAUUUGUCAGUCCUCUCACAUGCAUCCUGCUAGCAGGUUGACCGUGGAUCAGUCUUCCGCAUUUUUUUCUGAUAGUUGUAGAAGUGGGUCCAGUGGAAUUAUGAGGGAUUGACAGGAA